AAUUCUCAAAACUUUACCGAGGCAAACUCAGAAUUACGAUAAAAGUCCAUCCUUAUCUAACAAAAAAAGAAAGAAAAUAAGCGGAAGAGUGGGACCCACACCAAAACCAGAAGAAAUUGUUUGAAGACUCCAUUUGUCUAAUGUCCAAUGCCCAUUCUCUUCAAAGAAGAAACAAAGGUUAGCAGCUCUGCUUAUGAGUUUUUGGACUCCUACAGCUGAGAAUCAUAAUAUCCCAGUAGUCUGAAACAGAUAAUUACUGCUACUACUACUACUUGUUAGAUGCGAUGGAUGAGCAAAUAGAUUAUGGGGACGAGGAGUACGGAGGAGGGAGUCAAAAAAUGCAGUAUCAUCAUGGAGCGGGGGCAAUUUCUGCACUUGCAGAUGAUGAGAUGAUUAAUGAAGAUGAUGAAUGUGACGAUCUCUAUAAUGAUGUUAAUGUUGGGGAGGGAUUUAUGCAGAUGCAACAGCGGGCCCAGGCACCGCUGCCUCCUCCUGUUGGUGUCGGAAAUGGCGGGUUCCAGGGUAAUAAUGCUACUGUUCCAGGGUCAAGAGGAGAAACCGUGACAGCACACCAGGUUAAUGCCCCUGGAUCUGCAGCUGAAGGAAAGUAUGGGAGCUCUGGAAUUCAAUUUCCUGAUCAGAAAGUUGUGCAAAGAUCUGAUUUUGGGACACCACCGGCUGUCGAUGCUUCUCAGAAAGUGAGGGCACCAGAGAUAAUUCAUAGCUCGCAACCAGGUCAUUCAGGAUAUCAAGGAUUAUCGAUUGUCACCCCACAAAAUGUCGGAUUAGAUUCACAUGAGAGGUCGGGGAAGGUUGCAGGUGAGCCUGUGCAGCUGCUGAAUUCGGGUGGAAGUGGAAAUCUUAAUGUUAUCCAGCCUCCGAUUAGCACGGAAAAUCCGAUGAGACCAGGAGUUGUCGAGAAUGGGAACACUAUGGUGUUUGUAGGAGAGUUGCAUUGGUGGACUACUGAUGCUGAGCUCGAGAGUGUGUUGAUGCAGUAUGGAAGGGUCAAGGAAAUUAAAUUUUACGAUGAAAGAGCAAGUGGGAAGUCAAAAGGCUAUUGCCAAGUUGAAUUCUUUGAUCCUUCUGCAGCUGCUGCUUGUAAGGAAGGUAUGAAUGGACAUGUUUUCAAUGGCCGAGCUUGUGUGGUGGCUUUGGCUAGCCCGCAGACCAUCAAACAGAUGGCUUCUUCUUAUAUGAACAAAACCCAGGUCCAGGUUCAGUCUCAAGCACAGGGCAGGCGGCCCAUGAAUAAUGAUGGUACAGGCAGAGGCAACAAUGGGGCAAAUGUUCCUGGUGGAGAUGGUGGUAGAAACUUUGGACGUGGGGGUGGAUGGGGAGGACGAGGUGGUGGUCAGACAGUGAUGCCGAAUAAGGGCCCAGGCAUUGGACCUGGACGAGGGAGAGGAGGAGCUAUGGGAGCAAAGAAUAUGGUAGGAAACAUGCCGGGAGGACCUUAUGGUCAAGGCCUUGCAGGUCCUGGAUUUGGUGGACCUCCAGCUGGUUUAAUGCAUCCUCAGGGAAUGAUGGGCCCUGGAUUUGAUCCCACAUUUAUGGGUAGAGGAGCUGGCUAUGGAGGCUUUACAGGUCCUGCAUUCCCUGGAAUGAUUCCUCCUUUUCCGGGCGUUAAUCCAAUGGGCCUUGCUGGGGUGGCUCCUCAUGUCAAUCCGGCAUUCUUUGGGCGAGGAAUGGGUGCUAAUGGAAUGAACAUGAUGGGAGCUACGGGAAUGGAUGGCCCGCAUUCGGGAAUGUGGAAUGACGCAAACAUGGCUGGAUGGGGAGGAGAAAGAACAAGAGAGUCAAGUUACGGUGGGGAAGACAAUGCAUCUGAAUAUGAGUAUGGAGGGGAGGCUAGCCAAGAUAAAGGAAUGAGGUCAAAUGCUGCUCCUACUAGGGAGAAGGAACGGGGUGGCUCCGAGCGUGACUGGUCGGGUAGCUCCGAGAGGAGACAUCGGGAUGAGAGAGAACAUGACAGAGAUAGAUAUGAUAGGGAUCAUCACAGGUACAAAGAAGAAAAAGAUAAUUACCGUGAGCAUCGUCACAAAGAGCGUGAUCCUAGUUAUGAUGAUGACUAUGAUCGAGGACAGCCUUCAAAGUCGCGGAGCAGAUCUCGAGCUAUUCCUGAAGAGGAUCGCCAUCGGUCUCGUUCGAGAGAUGCUGAUUAUGGGAAGCGGAGGCGCCUGCCAUCCGAGUGACAGGCAGUUUCUUUGUUAUCGGCCCUUUAUAGUGACCGCAACUUGGGUGAGCCUGCAGCAUGUUUUGCUCAACUGCGUGAAUGCACUACCUUUACCACUAAUGCACGUGCAAAGUGCCUUCUAGACCUAAAGAAGUAAGUACUGUUUCUGUGAGGUUGCAGGAAAUAAACAAAUUAUGGUUUGCCUUUUGUUGUUCGCUGCGGAACAAAUAUUUGAUGCAAGACUUAAUGUUUGUCUACAAACUUAAAUUUUCUUCAAUACUGUACUGUUUUGGAUGUGGUAACUUUCUGAGAUUGUGUUAUUUUCCUCCUGUGGGAGCCAUGUCUGGCUACCUCAUUCCAGUCUUUGGAGUGAAUUGAGCUUUCAGAGCGGAAGACUAAAGCAUCAAAAUUGGAAGUCAAUUACAUAUUUGCAUGAUUUGGCUUUACUUGCUUAUAAUGUGCAAGUACCUAUACUUGAGUUACACGCAUCGUCUAAUGGAAGGGUUGGAAUUCCAAAUUAUAUUCUUUGUUAAUGUGGCAGAUAUGUUAAGUUCCUAUUUUAUUGAUAAUGUGCAUUCAAAUUUUGUUGAUAGACGUGAGUAUUCAAGUUUUUUUACUUGUUUAUGAAGAAAAUAUCUGAUUGCCUACGUCGGGAACUGAGUUCCUCCUGUAUUGGUUGUUUGGCAGUUGAUGGUAUAUUGUUGUUUCAUACUUUUUGCGCACUUGAAGUGAUACCAUCAGUGAUCAGAUGUACUUUUCUAACGGUAUCAGUUGCUUAUAAAGGGUAGUAUGGUACCCAAAUUACACCAUUUACGGUUUCUGCCUAGCAACCGUGUGUUGUUACUCGUCUUUUGUCAUCUUUUCCAUUGCUUUGUUCCAUUUGGUUAUUCUGUCAUCGUCUUUUUGGUAUUGACAAUGAGACUAGUAUAAUGCUUAUGGUUCCACUUGGUAAUUUAUUCGUUUGAUUCUUUGAAUUCUCUUAUAACAAUCUACCGUAUAAUUGUGUCUAUUAUGUUGAGGUUUAUGAAACUGUCUGUAUUGUAGAUUAUGCAACAAUGUAGGCAGUACUGAAAUGGCUUAUGAGCUAUGAAUGUAAUAGAAAUUUGCUUUGGAAGGGGAUGGCUUUGGGGACAUAUACUUGAACUUUUAUAUGGAGAUGCAGAAAAUCAGAAUUCUGUGUGUCAUAUGCUUUGCGUGUGUAUUUGUUGCAAUUUAGAUUUUUUGAUAGUUCUGUUUUUAAUAAGUAUUGACAUGCUGCGGUUUAAAUAUCAUAUUCAGGGAGCAGAGAGGCAAACUCUUUGUUAUGUGAUUAAACCAGCCAGAAUUGAUUUACUUGGAGGAGAUAGGAUAAUUGGCUGCUAUUGUUGGACUUCUCUGAAAUUGUUAUUCUACCUAUAUGUGGCAAAGAAGCCCUAAUCAAUCAUGGUCUAUGCUUAUGAUUUUCUCGAGAAUCUGGUCUAUUGUUCAUAAUUCACACUGUUGUUGGAUGUCUAAAAUGUAAACUUAGAAAAUUUGUGUAUUUAUUUCUGUAUCCAUUUUGCUGUAUUGUUCAAAGUAGAUUUAGUAUGUUAUAGGUUUGGAAACAUGUAACUACUUCGUUUUCCACAUUAAGCUUUGUAUAGGUGGGAAAAGGCUAUGUUCCUGCAAGAUAGGUUCUUUGUUUUUUUAGACCCUUGUAAUUUUGAGUUGGUGUAACUUCAAUCUGAAGGAAUUUGGCCUUGUUGAUUGUGCUCCUAUGUGUAAACUGUUGGGGCAAUGUUUGCUAAAGUUGAAAUGUAUAGAAUUUUGCACCUGUACUUGAUGGAGUGGUGGUGCACGAAGGUCGGGUAAUUUUGUAGACUGUGCCAUUAGGUCACUAGUGUCAAAUGUUGAGAUGCGAUAAGGCAUGUUUCUUCGUUGUAUUAUUGAUGUUUGUAGAAAAAGUUUUUGUAGAGUGUAAAUCUUUCUUCAUUUGAUGUUGUAAGCAAGUGUUCCCUCAUUAAUAGAGCCCUAUUGGUCCCUCUCCCCAGUGCCCUGUCUCUCU